GCCACACUGAACAUAUGUUCCGGGGAGAAUGGCUGCGAUUUCGCGUCGGUAAAAAUAGCAAAUACUCGUUAAUGUGCUGUGGGAACGCUUCCUCCCCGGCCCCAAAGUGGCCCCGAAGAAAGUGAGCAAAUGUGCGCGCCGCAAGAUAGUCGCCGCCGAACAAACGAUAGUGACGAAAGUGAUUUAAUUCAACUACCAGCACUCCCGCAAAUACGAUGAGUAUGUCGCGCGGCGGCAACACAACUCUGGACUUGCAGCCGCUCCUGGCGGAGAGCGAUGUCGGAAACAGGGAGCUGGAGGAGAAGAUGGGCGGAUCGGCGGAUCGGUCAUCGCUGCUCGAUGGAUCCGGUUCGAAGGAGCUGAGUCACCGGGAACGCGAGGACUCGGCGUUGUUCGUCAAGAAGAUCGGGAGCGCCUUGUUCUAUGGCUUGUCCUCCUUCAUGAUUACGGUGGUAAACAAGACGGUGCUUACCUCCUACCACUUCCCCUCGUUCCUGUUCCUCAGCCUCGGGCAACUUACUGCUAGCAUUGUGGUCCUGGGCAUGGGCAAGCGCCUGAAAUUGGUGAACUUUCCCCCUCUGCAGAGGAAUACCUUCGCCAAGAUCUUUCCGCUGCCACUGAUAUUUCUGGGAAACAUGAUGUUUGGACUGGGUGGCACAAAAACCUUGAGUCUGCCCAUGUUCGCAGCCCUACGACGCUUCUCUAUCCUGAUGACCAUGCUGCUGGAGCUCAAGAUCCUGGGACUGCGACCUUCGAAUGCGGUUCAGGUCAGCGUAUACGCAAUGAUCGGUGGAGCGCUGCUGGCCGCCUCUGAUGAUCUGUCCUUCAACAUGAGGGGCUACAUCUAUGUGAUGAUCACUAACGCCUUGACCGCCUCGAAUGGCGUAUAUGUGAAGAAAAAACUCGACACCUCGGAGAUCGGAAAGUACGGCCUAAUGUACUACAACUCGCUGUUUAUGUUUCUGCCUGCCCUGGCCCUCAACUAUGUUACAGGGAAUCUAGAUCAGGCGCUGAACUUUGAACAAUGGAAUGACUCAGUGUUUGUGGUGCAGUUCCUGCUCAGUUGCGUUAUGGGUUUCAUCCUAUCGUACAGCACCAUCCUGUGCACGCAAUUCAACUCGGCGCUGACCACCACCAUUGUGGGAUGCCUGAAAAACAUCUGCGUAACAUAUCUGGGCAUGUUCAUUGGAGGCGACUACGUCUUCUCGUGGCUCAACUGUAUUGGGAUCAACAUCAGCGUGCUGGCUAGUCUGCUCUACACGUACGUCACUUUUCGGCGGAAGCGGGCUCCCGAUAAGCAGGACCACUUGCCCAGCACCCGCGGCGAGAAUGUCUAGCUUCAUCUUAGCUCAAACUCAAGCCAAAGCCAUACGAUAUGUUAAGUGUAUUCCGUACUGUGUACUUCAAUUGCGAUCUGCGAUUCGCGACAACGUUCGUAUUUGAUUUUCCUACAACCACACAGCGCAUCGUCUCUGUACAUAUAUCUAGCUAUAUUUCUAUAAAAAUGUAAUUUAGCAAUUAUGUAAUUUUAAUCACUUUGUACAUUUGUCUGCAUGCAACUGUUUCCUGCAUCGAAAGUGUCAUAAGAAAUAGAAAUACACAGACUUCCACUCCUCCGCCUACGGAAUGGGUGGGCCAGAUAAACAAUUGUGUUCCGUCUUCUGUUCCAUUUUGGGUCAUAAUUGAUAAGAUUGCCUGCUCCGAUAAGGCAUACAACUCGGACGUUGCAAAUUAAGCAGACAUCUUGCUCUCUCUCACGUGCUUUUCUAAUUACUUUUUUGUGUAAAAUAAGUAAUGUAGUGGAACUGCGUUGUGGGAUUUGCCAAUUACUUGUGCUUAAUAGGUUGUUGUUUAUCUAUUCUGAGCAAACACGUUGGCGCCUUGAGAUUAAUACAAAACAAAGUACUGCAUUGCCGGACAAUCCAGCAGCGUCAUCACUCAACAUCACUAUGUAAAAAGCUUUGGAUAGGUUGCUCGAUUACUGAUUACUCUAUAUCAAAAUUUUGGGUUUUUAUGUUGAAUAAAAAAAAAACAAUAUUAUCAGCCAAGAACGUGAUUGCGAGUGGUGAUAGUAUUUUUUAGAAUAGUACGCCUUCCGAUAUUUUGUGUUAUUUUCCGUUUCAUUUGGUAAUUGCCUCAAAAGGCUUUUGUUUAGAUUGUAGUGCUGAAGAAUCUUUUUCUUUGUCUUAAAAGUAAAUAAAUUUGCGCAGCUGAAACUGUUUUGUUUUAGCGAAAUAAGUAUGUAUACUUUAAGAUGGCUAUCUAUUUUCUUAGAAUUAGAUUUUACUUGGUAACUGCCUAGUUCCUUAUCAAAAGAUUAAGAUUUAAAUAUCCCACAUAUAUGUUGCUAAACUUAUCUUUUAAAUGGUGACUACUCAUUUAUCCAAAGAAACAACAAUGACGACAUUGAAUCGGGCAUAAAGCGGCAGAAUGAGGUGCUAGUGCCCCGGCAGCACUUUGUUUGGGUUAUUUUGGGAGCCCGCAAUAUAUGAUGGGCGGUGGUGAAGUGAGGGAUUCGGAGUGGGGACAGGUAAUGAGGAAGCCGAAACAGGUUUGCACAGACUUAGCCGUGCGGUGAGGUAAAUUGUUAGUCAGCAUCAGCCCCGACCGCGUACCCACAUUAUGGACAAAUUGUUUGCUCAUAUUCGCCGCUAUUGAAAGUGGGCACGUACAUACGUACGUAUGGCUCGAGGGACCAGCUUUAACCGAAGACAGGUAGUCAGGGUCAUGUUUGUGUGCGACGAUGAUGAUGAUGAUAAUAAUAAUGUAAUGAUGAUGAUGCCGACGAUCGUGCUGAUAAGGUCACCACCGGGUGCACCUCCCCAUAUCUCCUCUAUGAAUCCACAGAUCAUCAUGAUGCAACGCUGUUUGCGUCUCCAAAAGCCGCUGGCCCUACGACGAGGCCUUCGCUUGGCCCAGGCUAAUAGCCAAGCGGUGGCCACAGAAGCACCCGAGGCGGAACCUCUGGAUGCCUUCGAGCGUCAGUACCUCAAGGAGCGAAUCGAGAUAUCGCCCUUCCAGCGGCUGUUCCUGGGGGCAGGAUCCUCCAUUGCCGCGCUCUUGAAUCCAAGACGUCAUGACAUGAUCGCCUGUUUGGGUGAGACGACUGGAGAGGAUGCUCUAUGGACAAUUUUGGACACCAUGCAAGCCAGCGAGGAGGGUCAGCGCAUCAUGGCUGAUAAGCCCCGCAUCCACACCAGCACCAUUGACUUCAAGUAUCUGGAAACUUUGCCACCGGAUACCUUUGGAGCCGCUUACGUAAAGUUUCUGAAAGAUAAUCAAGUCACGCCGGACAGUCGCAUGGCCGUGCGGUUUUUGGAGGACCCGAAGUUGGCCUACUUGAUGACGCGAUAUCGCGAAUGCCACGACCUAAUCCACACGGUGCUGGACAUGCCCACCAAUAUGCUGGGCGAGGUGGCUGUCAAGUGGGUGGAGGCUCUGAACACGGGCCUGCCCAUGUGCUACGGUGGUGCGGUAUUCGGAGCAGUUCGCCUACGUCCCAAGCAGCGGCGUGCGUACUUGAAGCAUUACUUGCCGUGGGCCCUGGAGAACGGCAAGCGGACCAAGCCCUUGAUGCCCGUCUACUGGGAGAAGCGCUGGGAGCAGAACAUCCACGAGCUGCGCUCCGAAUUGGGCAUUACUGUGCUGAAUAAAGCUUGAUAAGGCUGUUUAUUUUUAAGCCCAUUUUUAAAUUUUGAACUUAUCGACUAUUAGUAUCGAGCAGUCCUAUCGCGAUCGUAGAAUUGUGAUCUGGCAACGUCGUGUAACGUCGAACUGAUUGUAGAUGUUUCCACUUACAAAGAAAAUUAUUAUUUGAUUAUAGCAAUAAAUAUAAAAGUUGAUGCAGUUUGCCGAAAUAAUUUAAAGAUCG